AGCGCAUUCGCAGAUUUAAUUCACUUGCGUUUUGAACCACCUCGCGGUUAGGUCAUUGCCACUUAAGUUCGCUCUCUCUUCAUUCUCCAUCGGUUUAUCUGCCUGGAGCUCUGCAUCCGGCAAUCAGUUUCGUGAGCGCAGUGAUAUUAGAACGUCCAAAAUGCCGCACAAAACUCUGACUGAAAUUCUUCUCAUAGACUAUCGGUGGAUAAUAGUGGUGUUUUUCCUACUGCCAGCAUCAUUUCUGUACAAUCUGUUCUACAGUGUAAGAAGUAAAAUAAUCUUCAAUCUACAUUCAGCACCAAAGCGACAUGAUGCCAAGGUGGCCGGCAUCCAAAAACAGGUCAGACAAUGGAAGGCAUCUGGAUCAAAAACGAAAAUGUGCACAGCACGCCCUGGCUGGCAAACAAUGAGCUUCCGAAAGCCAAUGUAUAAGAAAUCGUCCUAUCAAAUCAACUGUAAUUUGGUGGACGUUCUGGAAGUCGACACCGAUCGCAAAGUGGUUCGCUGCGAACCACUCGUGAACAUGGGACAAUUAUCGGAAACCUUGGCACCGCUAGGCUGGACUAUCCCAAUUGUACCCGAACUUGAUGAUCUAACUGUCGGUGGACUGGUCAUGGGAACCGGUGUAGAGUCUAGCUCACACAUCUAUGGCUUAUUCCAACACAUUUGCCUAUCGUACGAGUUAGUGCUAGCCGAUGGCAGCGUCGUCAAGUGUUCGGAAACAGAAAACACUGAUCUCUUUUACGCUGUCCCCUGGUCGUAUGGAACCCUUGGAUUGCUGACGGCGGUUGAAAUCAAAAUUAUUCCAGCCACAACAUACAUUCGACUGAACUAUGAGCCUGUAGUUGGUCUACAAAACGUUGUCGACAAAUUUGAAAGUGCUAGCCGAGAUACGAAGAAGAACCAGUACGUGGAAGGAUUGCUAUAUACUCUCGAUGAAGCCGUGAUCAUGACCGGUGAAAUGGUCGAAGACAGUGAGGUCGAGCCGGACAAGAUCAACGACAUCAGCAAGUGGUACAAGCCGUGGUUCUUCGUGCAUGUACGCGACAUUUUGAAACGUCGCGAGAAGACCUACGAGUACAUUCCGUUGCGCGAGUACUACCACCGACACUCCAGAGCUUUGUUCUGGGAAAUUCAGGAUAUCGUCCCGUUCGGAAACAACAUCAUCUUCCGCUACCUCUUCGGCUGGUUGUUGCCUGUCAAAGUUUCUCUGCUGAAGCUCACUCAAACCGAAACGAUAAAGAAGCUGUACGAGAACAACCACAUCAUCCAGGAUCUGUUGGUUCCGACCAGCACCAUGAAGAAGUGCUGCGAAGAAUUCGAUCGCCUGGUGAACGUCUACCCGGUGUGGUUAUGCCCGUUCAUGCUGCCUAACAACCCCGGAAUGCUGCAGCCGGCCAAGGGCAUGGAAAGCGACCUGUACGUGGACAUUGGAGUGUACGGCGUACCCAAGGACCGUCGAUUCCACCCGGUGGAAACAACCCGUUCGAUCGAAGAUUUGGUCGAGAAGAGCAAAGGCUUCCAGAUGCUGUACGCCGAUACGUAUCGCAGCCGCGAGGAGUUCCGCCGCAUGUUCGAUCACGGCUUGUACGACAAGAUGCGCCAAAAGUACAAAUGUGGGGACGCCUUCCCGGAGGUUUACGACAAGGUCAACAAGAACGUUCGGGAUUAAAUGGAAGCAGAUUUUGGGUGUACUGUUCAAUAUGCAUUUAUUUGUAGUGUUCAAUAUACUUCGCCAUCUUUUUCUCUGCUUGAUAUAUGCAUUGCAGUUUUCUGUGUAGUCGGCAUGCAAAAAUAUGUUUAUUUCUCGUGAAAUUGGAAUAUUUUGUUCUUAAAAACUACAAGCUAUUAUUGGAUCUAUAACUUCAUUAACAAGUUUCAUUUGAAGGACGAGUAGAAUUGAAGGAAUAUUUUGUCAAACCAACGAUUGUUACACGCUAACGAGUUCAGCUUUGGGUUCAAUUGAUAUCGCAUGAAUUGAACCGAAGGCCAAUUCGUGGGAAAUUAAGUAGUGUCAAUAAAUGCUUCGUACAAGAUCAAA